CGCCGCGAAUUCGUUUUUGUGUGCGCAGAUGUUUUACGUCACCCUUAGAUGGAGCUGGAUGAUCAGAGCGCGCUGUUUUCAUGUAUUUAAAAAAGAGGAAAAAGUGUAGUGAACAAGUGGUUUUUGAUAUAUCAGAGAUACCGGAAUGUAUAGAAUGGUGGGGGACGCGUAAAUUCUGCGAUUUCUCAGCGGGAAUGUCGGACGUGUUCGUUUCGAUUAUCAUGGAAAUCUGGAUUUGCGGUUUCCAUCAGAAUCUGGACUGGCGGCUGACCACAUUUGCGGUAUUACUACUUGCCGAAAACACGGAUUCUCCGGACCUUGAAUACCUGUUACCAAGAAGAUAUGUGUAUCAUGUAACCAGCGGGAUAUAUCAUUCGAAACAAUACACGACUAUUAGACGUAACGACUGAGUGCGUCCUGUCGAGACAAUCAAUUCUCAAUCUGCGUUCGAGAAUUACGAGAGAUAUCGCCGCGAAUGCUUGAGGGUGGAGUACAUCGGCAUUAAGUCUAACUUCCAUUAUAAUCCAUAUCCAAUCACUUGGAGUCGAUUACCGGGCUGGCAGGAAAUGGCCCGCGCCUUGUUUCGUGCCGACCCUUCUAUUGCUUCGCCGAAAAUAAAUUGCGUUUUGUAUUCCCGUUUCGCAUACACUCUUAAGAUAUUACGUUGAAAAAGAGCAACAGUGGUGGGUAAAUAUAUUUUUCUGUAUUAAAUGUAUGUUGGCGAAGCCAACCACGCUUUUAGAUCAGCAAACGCAGAUAUCGAAGGAUAAAUGUACCGGAUGAAAAAUGAUUCAUCCGAUAAUGUUAAUAAAUGUUAGCAUACGAGCGGGGUUGAAAGAUCCUAUAUGAAUAAUUCGAGGAUAUAGAAUAAGCUUUUUUCAUAUUUCGUCUUGACGGAUAGAAAUCAGAAAAGAAAAUAUUAGAAAUUUUUAGAAAUAUACUUAAAUAAGACAUUUAAUUAAGACAACAAAUCUGCCAUUUAAUUUAAAAUAUUGCCAACAAUUAUUUUAAAUUUUAGACAACGGCAUUGCCCGUUUCGAUUGCAGUCGAACGCAAGUGGAAGCUGUGUUCUUCGCGUGGAUCAGAACGCGCGACCGUCUUUCCGGGUGAAAUUUUCGCCGGAUAAUCGUCGAUGCUCGCGCCGAUCGUUCCGAGACGUCGACACGUAGCCGGAAAGGCUACAUUCCCAGGUACAGAUCGGAGACGCUGGACGCGAUCGUUUUUGCGAGGAGAGCGACGCGCGUGAGCCGGUUAACCAGAGGCUCGUUUCCAGAUCUGAUCCUAAUCGGGCCAACCCACUGCCAAGCCUGACUAGCUCUGGGCGUAACCACUGGAUAGAAUCGGAGAUGCCUUCCGUGGCGGCGACUGCCACAGUUCUCAUCCUCUCUUUUUAUCGUUUUUAUUCGAGAUGCGAAUCGACGAGUUUGAAUGAGAAUGUAAGCUCACUUUUACGGAGAUCCACAUUUUUUUCCUUUUCGUUUUA